CUAAUUAUGUCUUAGUUUCAGUUAUUUUCCAGGCUUGUAUGGUUAGACAAAAAUGAGUGCAGCACGUUAUCCUCCUUCAGAGUAUCACUCAGUGACUAUUACAGUAAACAAUGGAGAUAGAAUUUUGUUCAGAGUGCUAAAAAGGUAUAGUGAUCUCUCACUCAUCUCAACGGGAGCUCAAGGAUGUGUAUGUGCAGCCGUGGACACCGUGAGAAACCAACCAGUAGCAAUUAAAAAGCUUUAUAGGCCUUUCCAGAACGCAACACACGCCAAGCGUGCUUACAGGGAAUUGUUUCUCAUGCGAAAAAUCUGCCAUAAGAACAUCAUCGGCCUAUUGAACGUGUUCGGCUCUGAUGUUUCAAAAGAUGAGCUGAAUGAAAUUUACAUCGUAAUGGAAAAGAUGGACGGAAUAUUCACUCAAGUAGUGAACAUGCGUCUAGAUCACGAAAGGCAAUCUUACUUACUGUACCAGAUGCUGUGUGGAGUGAAGCACAUGCACAAAACCGGUGUAAUCCACCGGGACUUGAAACCUAGUAAUGUUGGUGUUAGGUCUGACUGCACAUUGAAGAUUCUUGAUUUCGGUCUGGCCAGGACAGCUGGCGAGUCGUUCACGAUGACGCCUUAUGUAGUUACCAGGUACUACCGUGCUCCAGAAGUGAUCUUAGGCAUGGGAUACUAUCAAAACGUGGACGUCUGGUCUGUAGGCUGCAUCUUCGGUGAAAUGCUUAAAGGAGAAGUGGUGUUUAUGGGUCUGGACUACAUUGACCAGUGGAACAAAAUAACCCAGCAGUUGGGCACUCCUCCGAGGGAGUUCAGAAGUAGACUGAAGCCUAGUGUGUGCAUGUAUGUGGAGUCCCAGCCACCAGUCAAGGGGCUGCCAUUUGAAAGGCUGUUUCCCGAUAGUUUCUUCCCUGAAGCUGACCCACAGAACCCCUCAGCUGGGGCUGAGACAAUCAUGCUAGCCAGAGAUCUCCUCUCCAAGAUGCUCCAGAUAGACCCGGAGAAGAGGAUCUCAGUGGAUGAUGCACUGAGGCAUCCCUACGUUCGUAUAUGGGCCGAAGACUCAGAGAUAAACACGCCAAUCUUAGAAGACACACACUGUGGAAUCUCUGAGAAAGAUCUGACAGUUAACGAGUGGAAAGAUCUGAUCUGGACAGAACUGACUAACUUCGACGAGGGUCGCGACUCGUAUUUUGUGAAGAGAGACAAACUGCAGGAAGUGAUCGACCAUAAUAAAGAAGCGGCGGCCCAGGGCGGUGCAAAUAGUGUAGCAGGUGGUGAUCCGACUCAAGGUGGUGGGUCUAAAUCAAAUCAUGUUGCGGGAGAGGAUGGCAGUGUAGUUGCGAUGACGACAGAAGCAGCGCCCUACCAUAAUGAUGAGUCACCAUUACAAGGAGAAUUAAGUUCAAGAAACUUCUAGAUAGCUCAGAAACUAUUUCUAAAGCAAUUUUUAGUUAUAAAUAAAACGAUAUUGACAAAAAAGUAAUCUUGGUUUCUUUUUUUUCUCAAACCUCCAUCCCUCCAAAUUUGGGCACUUAUUAGUUGUUUGAUAAUCUCAAAUUGUUUUUGUAUUUAAUUGCCAAACUGCUUCUGCAUAAUCUAAAGCAAAUUAAUUCUCAGACUGGUUUGGGAAAAAUAAGCAAAACAGAAACUAGCUCGUCUUUUUGUUAGUUUUUUUUCUGUUUUUGUAUGUCUUGCCUUGUUUCACUUCCUUGUGUUUUGACCUUAGAAUAGUGCCUUUUUAAUGAAAUAUAAUAAAUGUACGGUAUUUAAGCUGAGAUUCCGUUUUUUUUCUAACGUGUGACUACAAUCUCAAAAUCAGAUUUGCUAUGAAAAGGUCAAUUUACAUCUCGUUGUUGUUAAGUUGCUUAUAAUUCAAUUUCGUGCAAUGACUAUUUGCCAUGAAAUUUGAAAUUUGAGCACAUAUUUUGCUAUCUGAAUUCUAUUAAUCGCACUUUACCAUGUUAAACCGAUGAUAAUUUGAUAGAUUUGAGUUACGUUCAACGAAAUUACUCUAUGUAUUAGUUGUAGCAACUUCACAAAUUAACUAAAAAAGCAUUAUCUCAUUUGAACUGUGCUUUUUAAAAAAAUAGUAUUGUAAUCACUGUAUUUAAAUUUUGUUUAAUAAUGAUUUUAUUUUGGGCCAUUUACUUCAACUUCCAUCUUGCUUCUUAACUUUUCUUUAUUUUUAUUGAGAUGAAUUCGAAUAAUGCAAUGAUAAUUUCACGACUACUUUAAUUCGGAUAAUAAUUUUGUUCCAGCCUGGUUCAUGUUUUGUUUUUCAAAUUGUAAAUGAACUUUAACAAUGUUAUAAAUCAACUAGCAAAGUAAUGAAGAAUAAACUAUACCAAUUUUCA